AAAAAACACUGAUAUUCACACGCCACGUGCUGUCCGAAUUCACGAUUUUUUUCAUCAUUUUUUUUCGCGUUGUAGAAAAACAAUGCAUGUGAUAUAAUGUAAGCAAAGAUAAGAAGGUUUGUAGUUGUACAGUGAGUGCAACAUAUGGUCAUAUCAGUCAUUCUUCUAAAUGACUCGCCCCUUGUAAAGUGUUCUAUUUGUGCUUAACAACUUGACCUAUUCACCUUACUUCUCUUCCUUCGCGCUCCACAAUAAGUCUGGACAAAGUAUUAUAUCAGCAGUCUCAGACAAGUCAAUUUAUCAGGCGCACUGCCUUUGAUUGAAUCUUCUCAUUCAAAUCGUUUUAUGUCAACAAUAUUGUGUCUUAAUUAAGCUUAACUCUCUUUUUGGACAGUCAAUCGCGAUGUGUCAGCUCAAUUCGUCGAUCAAUAAAUUUUUUUGCCACUCACGUUGUCUGUGUUAUCACACAAUAAUGUGAUUAAACUAAACUGAUCGGUUGUUCCCGCCACAGCGUUGUGCUUUUGAGUGUCCCUCGCUAGAUGCUCGUGAAAAGGUGACACGAUAAGACGGGCAUGUGGAAAAGUAGUAAAAAAUUACGCUCUAAAAUAAUAAUGUUUAAGCAAUUUUUCAAUUUGAAGACAAUACAUUUUAGUCGAUAGCUCGCGGUGCGGAGGAAGUGAGCAAAAUGUGUAUCUGUGAGUGAAAGACAAGGUGGAAGUAGACCGAAAGCUGUAAUCUCUCUUCCAGUGAUAUUUCUGGCAUUCCGUUUUCAGUGUUGAUAAGCCCGAGUUGUACUUUUUUUUUCAGGGAACAAUUGCUAUAAAAAUUGUUUCACAGUUGAAAACCAGUGAGAGACUCUUUCGAAGUGUGGAAUAAUAGAAUUAUCAGUGUCAGAAUUGCGCUAAAAUCUCCAAUGAAUCUUCCGAAUAUGAGCAAUCCAGGCUCGCGCUACCUCAUUUCAAACAGACGAUCCCUGAUCACCUUAAUUGUGGGAAUCGUCUUGGGAUUUUCCAUGGCGGCGAUUUUUAUCUCAUCUUCAACUCCGGGCAGGAUUUACUGGCUGCCAAUGGGAGGUGUUCCUCAGCAUAAGCACAGAGAUCCACACACCGGAAGUGACAUGUCGGACGAAGCGGGUCCUGAGGUUGAAGUGCGCUUUCACGGAGAACACGACGAAGCUCAUGUGCUGGAGAAUAAGACACUCUCCGAGAGGUUGGCUAAGGAAGUCAGAGUUCUGUGUUGGGUCAUGACGAAUCCAUCAAAUCACAAGAAGAAAGCUCUUCAUGUGAAGAGGACGUGGGCCGCGCGAUGCAACAAAAUGCUAUUCAUGAGCUCUCAAGAAGAUCCGGAAUUGGGGAGUGUGGCAUUGCCCGUUGGUGAAGGACGUGAUAAUUUGUGGGCGAAAACGAAGGAAGCAUUCAAGUAUGUGUAUAAGAACCACUUCAAUGACUAUGAUUGGUUCAUGAAGGCUGACGAUGACACGUAUGUGAUCGUGGAGAAUCUGCGGUUUAUGCUGUACAAGUACUCUCCGGAGCAGCCCAUCUACUUCGGCUGCAAGUUCAAGCCCAUCGUGAAGCAGGGCUACAUGUCCGGCGGGGCGGGAUAUGUGCUGAGCAGGGAGGCGUUGCGGCGCUUCGUCACUGAGUCCCUGCCGGACAAGGCGAAGUGCCGCCAAGACGGACGGGGAGCCGAAGAUGCGGAGAUUGGGAAGUGUCUUGAGAAGGUGAACGUGACUGCGGGCGAUUCGAGAGAUACCGAAGGCAGGGGGAGAUUCUUCCCGUUCGUUCCAGAGCACCACCUCAUUCCCAAUCACGUGGACAAGGAUUUCUGGUAUUGGAAGUACAUUUACUACCCAACGGACGAGGGCUUGGACUGUUGCUCAGACAAUGCCAUAUCUUUUCACUACGUCACGCCAAACGAGAUGUACGUUUUGGACUAUUUGAUCUAUCACCUGAGGCCAUACGGCAUCAUAGCGUAUCCGCAGAGUUUGCCGGAGAAGAAGCCUUAUGUGAAUCAGACGCAAAGCAGUUCCACUAGUCAGCAGGAAGUACAACAGAAGAGUAAUACCGAAACAGGAGCCAAAGAUCAGCACUAAAUUGAUAAAAAAAAAUUGAUGCCAUAGAUAGAGAACUUUCUCAGAUGUUUCAAUAGAAAAUCCACUUCUUGGUCAUGCGAUAAUCAUGAUAUUUUUUUCUAGUUUAGUAAUUUAUUGAUAUUUUUAGUCACAAUUUAUUUAAUAUUAGAAAUGAAACAGUGAUUGUCAGUUGCGCUUCAAAGACAUCUUAAGCUGUGUAAAUUUGUGCACAAAAUUUUGUGAAUGGAGAGGAGAUUGAAUAUUUUAUUUUGCGUUUUCCAAAAUUAUUUAUAUAUAAAAAAAAUGUCUCAGACGAAAUACCAUGACUGGUAAGAUUUGGAUAAAUCUUCUUAUUUUAUAUAUUUUAGACGAUUCUGCAAAAUUGCAGUUGAUUUUGUUUGUCGUGUUUUAUUUCAGUUUUAAAAAAAUGCUUUGAAUGAGAAUUUUAGGAGGAAGUCUCAGAAAUGGGAUCUGCGUGAUUUUAAGUAGAGUUCGUGUGCAUAUUACAGUUCAGAUAUGGCAACAUUAGUCAUAAGAUGCAUUUAUUGUCACAUCUCGUUGUCUUUUCUCAAAGCAACUAACCUUAUGUAACCAAAUCGACAAUGCCAUUUGUAUAAUUAUGAAUAAAAA